CGGAGAAGCGUUCAGGGAGAGGAAAAAAAGCCGCCGUCCGCACACCAGCACAACAACAAUAAAACCCAAACGAUGACAUUCUUACAGAUACACAAGAAGCCAACAAUUAUUUGACAACUUCCGACCCCCACACCUUGCCUUCGCCGCUCCUAGUGUAAGUGCCCCGCUCCGCUUUUCCCGCCCCCCCUAGCCCAUAGGCCCCCCAACCCAGUGGGACCAUGAUGCUCAGCAGCUCGGUGGAGGUGCCCAGCCCGGGCGGGCUAAGCGGCCUGAGCGGGCUGAGCGCGGCGGCCCGGAACGUGGUGCGCUCCUCCAGCAUCUCGGGGGCCAUGUACAGCCUGGAGAAGAGUCCUGGCAGCGGGGGCCCAGACUCUGCAUCCCUGGCCGGCAACAAGAAGAGGCGCUCCAGCCUCGGUGCCAAGAUGGUGGCCAUCGUUGGGUUGUCGCAGUGGAGCAAGAGCACGCAGCAGCUCAACCAGCAAGAUGGCGGCACAAAGAAGCUUCGUAGCACCAUCCGACGGAGCACGGAGACCGGCAUCGCCGUGGAGAUGAGGAACCGGGUGACGCGGCAGGGCAGCAAGGAGUCCACCGACGGCAGCACCAACUCCAACAGCUCUGAUGGAACGUUUGUCUUCCCUACCACACGCCUCGGGCCUGAGAGCCAGUUCAGUGACUUCCUGGAUGGACUAGGCCCCGCCCAGAUUGUAGGCCGGCAGACAUUAGCCACGCCCCCCAUGGGGGACGUCCACGUGGGCAUGCUAGAUAGAGGAGGGCAGCUGGAGGUGGAGGUCAACCAGGCCAGAGGGUUGACCCCCAAACCAGGCUCCAAGAACAUACCAGCGACCUACGUCAAGGUGUAUGUCCUGGAGAAUGGAGUGUGUUUGGCCAAGAAGAAGACCAAAGUAGUGAAGAAGACUCUGGACCCCACCUACCAGCAGGCUCUGUUGUUUGAUGAGAGUCCUCAGGGCAAAGUCCUGCAGGUAAUAGUGUGGGGGGAUUACGGGCGAAUGGACCACAAGUGCUUCAUGGGAAUGGCCCAGAUCCUGCUGGAGGACUUGGACUUGUCUGCCACGGUCAGCGGCUGGUACAAGCUGUUCCCUACCUCCUCUCUGGCAGAUCCCAGCAUCGGACCCCUCACCAGACGCCUCUCCCAGUCCUCCCUGGAGAGCGCCACCAGCCCCUCCUGCACCUAGACAUAGACACCUGCAUGCACGGGCACCAACAGAGGCACAUGCAGACACGGACACACGUACUGUAUAUACACACACAAGUGACUGUAUUUGAAGUGCAAGACAGGUAGGCGUACGGCUCACACGCAGUUGUGCACCCGUGCAAGAAGACGCACUUGACAUAUAGGCACAAACACCUGAUCUCAUCCGCAUCCCAUUCACACACCAAAUGUUGCCAUAUCCUAUAUUGUACAUUCACAUUCAACAUCCACAUACCCAUCCACUGAUCUGUUUCUCUGGUUGACACAGCAGUCAUCAAAUCCGUCAUGAAGCAGACAUAAUUUGCCAGAACAUGUAGCAUUUUCCACGCUCGCAUCCCGACAUUCCUCUGCACCACGAAACAAGGGUUCAAUGGAUGCCGCUCUCUGCAUUCCAAGACCCCAGAUUUCCGUGGCACAGCUCAUCCAGGGCCAUCCUGAUGCCAGUUUCUAAACUCUCUAUGCCAAACUAAGAAAAAAAACUUUAUUUUUUAAAACCAAAGCAAUUGUUAUUGUUAUUAUUAUUACUAGAAGUAGUAGUUGAACUAGUAGACAUUAUAAAGUAUGGAUAUGUAGCAGAGUCAAUGACUUAGAUGUAAUGCAAAAAAAGAAGAUACACUCUACACACAUGAGCUGAGAACAGUAGGCCAAACACAUAAACAUACCUGGGCGGCAGGCUUGGAUAUUCACAUAAUGGCCAUUAUGUGAUGUAGCAACACUGCUAUUCUAUAAUUUCCACAGGGCAGAGUUUAUAUAUAGAUAUACAUAUAUAAAUAUAUAUAGAUUGGUAGAUUGUUAAUAUACUUAUUUGUGUUCAUGUAUCUGCUGCAUUCUGCACGUUUGCUUGCAACCCUUUUAGAGACAUUUUGAAGUGCUUCAGUAUUUUUUUUAGCUUGCCUUGAACAGUGUAAUAGGGAUAUAGUGCUACUUUAUUUAUUUUGCUAUUCGUCCUGAGAAAAUAGCACUGCACUGAGUUAGGGAGAGGAAGGGGCUUUGGUGACAGGGAAGUUGUUACCAUCAACAUCUGUAGAACAAGAGAACAAUUAGUCAAAGUCAGCCAGCUAGCCGUUUUGCUGAUGAACAAAUUUCAGAUCCUGCCUUCACCGUAGAGUAUUGGACUUUCGCACCACACAGCAACUCAGCACAAAGGCGUUCUGGGAAAUGUGUCCACCUCUAGUCUGGGGGGUUUGUUGUAUUCCACAUCCAGGAGGCGCCACAGUCUCACUCUCUUUACUGUAUACCAGCACCUGGGACUCUUUUGAACUUCCUUGUUGAUUUCCUGUUGUGAUGUCACCUUUUCCGCACUCUUCCUGAUUGAAUUGGGAAGUAAGGAAGCUGGCAAGCGUGUCUCUGUUGCUCUCCACGUCUGGACCGCUCACAUCCAGAUUCAUAAGGCAAACACGCACACAGCUGGUACCAACGUCUAAACCUUUAACCCUCCUACUUUCUCUUAGGUCACUCUGACGGUCACUGAACCUUACUUGGACAAACUAAACGUGUACAUAUGUAUUUUAUUCCAGAUGGAUUUACCUUUUUGAUGUCUGACCUAACAGCUUACAGUGGUACUGUUUACGUCAGUAUUAUUUUGCUGGCAGUUGAGCUUAUCAACCUGCCCAGAGGUUUUACUUGUUUCAGGUUCAAGAGGCAAUAUGCCAAUCCUAAAGCAUUCUGAAGCACUCUUUAUGUGGGCGAUAAAUUAUUUUCUGUCACUUUGUUGUGUUAACAAUGGCACUUUACUGUAAAAUAUGUAUUUUGUUUCAAUUACAAACCGGCAAGUGUUUGAUAACUUGUUUAUUUAUUAUUUUUUCACAUGGUCACCCUGCAUUGCGUGACUGUGUAUCAUUUUGUUGAAUGGCAACAUGAAAAUCUCUCUCAAGUGUAUUUUCAGUUUUCAGUUUAAAGGCCCACUAGAACAGCCAAUAUCUGUCAGCUCAUUAACCAGGGCAAGGGCCUAACUGGGGCCCCUAGCAUGUUCUGCCAUUGACUUUACACUAAAAUCGUAACAAUCACAACGAUAAUGUAUUCAUUACAAAAGGGCAUGCCUAAAAUAAUCAGCAUAAAUCAUAUACAACAUAAAUUGAUGUAUAGGAAGCAAAAAUAGCUGCUCUUCAGUCACCCCAAAAUCCCUUAAAGACAUCAGUUUCACCAUAAGCCAAAACAUUUCAUUUCUCAUUUGUAUUUGCUCAAAAUAAGUUAAAUUAAAUGGAAUAAAUGAUAAGAAUUUAAUUCAGUGUAUAUGCAUGUAAUGGGUCAGCUGUUAUUUUAAAGCAGAGCAAAUCUGGAGCAAAUCUUUGGUUGAAAUGGUUUUAUCUCAGAGGGCUUUCACUUCAUAAAAUGAUCAACAUCAACUGGUUUUAUAUCAACAAAUGUAUUCACAUUUGUAAGUAAAGAAAAAAAAAACAGCAUUACCCUCUUGGCUGUUCUAGUGUAGAGUCUACACUGACAGCAGAGGAGCAGCAGAGAAUCUGGGCUGCCAAUGUUUACUGUUUUUUUUUUUUUGUUUUUAAGAUGAAGAUGUAUACACUUGCUCUCCUGUGGCUGUUUUGGAGCUGUUGUGAAGCUUACUGUCUUGAGACCAGCACCAAAUGGAUGUAUGGAUAAAGACACUCAAGAUAACAGACGGUCGUGUUUCAUGCUUAACACAUUUUAGUGGUGUUAGGAGAGCUGACCGUCUCAAAGCUAUAGGCCAUUAAAAACUCGGGCGUGUUUAUGAUCUCACAUUUUGGUUUAUCACCUCCAUAUGUUCAGAUGGCUGCUAAGAUGCAGCAUGGUUUAUGCCGAUCUUCAUCAUUCUGAGAAAAUAGAAAAUCCAAGAUAUGUUGUCUUGUCAGCGCCUCAGACCGGCAGAAUUCACAUUUCGACGCUGGUAAACCUUUGGAGAACAGGGAGGAUGACGGUCAGUUUUGACCUCCCUUUCAGCUGGUUGGUUGGUUCCUCUCCCAAAGCAAGUAGCCAACCAACCUACCUACCUGCCCCGCACACAAACACACCCUCCAAGCCCCCCCUCCCCUCGUACACACACACAAAAAAGUCCCACCAGGCAUAUAGCCCUCCCUGAGGAACCAUGAGGGCCCGGGUUCUUCUUUCCUUUAAGUUUCGGAGCAAUUCCUCACUGGAUCUGUAAUUGUAUGGUCAUGUAUAUGAAGUAAUUUUAUGUACUCUAUUAAUUUGUAUCUAUCUAUUUUUGUGGACAGCUGGCAUGAUGUGAAAAUACGGACUUAUACUCUUGGUAUUUGCACACAUUCUCUUCAGUGCGCGCCUUUUGUAAUUGCUAGGAGACAACGGAGAAAAAAAAGCUUGGUCAAAAGCAGAGAGAGACACAAAGUGGAAAGACGACGACACUAUUUGUUCAAAAAGAAACUUUAAAUGAGAUUUCUAGAACUGUACAACUUAGAGCAAAAACAUCCCUGUUCACUGCUGAAUGUUUAGUCCUUGGUAAACUCUAUAAAAAUUACUAUUGAUAUUUUUCCAUGUGAUUUCCGAUGUUUUGGAACUUGUAUGAGAUUGUACGUGUCCCUUUGCUGUAUAUUAAGUAGCUACAUAAUGUUAACCAAGUUCUGAUGGUUGAAAUGAGGGGAAGAGAGAAAUGCACAGAGGUGUGAAUAUCCUAAUGAAAAGCUUUUCUUUUCACUUGGGGGGCUGAGAGCAUUUGCCAAAUUUGUCCAAAUCCUUUGAUUCCUGGAACCAAAAGGAAAGUUGGUAAUGUUGCGAUAUUGCCUUUCUUUAAACUGUGGUGUGUGUAUGUGUGUGUGUGUGUGUGCGUGUGUGUGUGUGUGUGUGUGUGUGUGUGUUUCUAUGUCUUUUAAUGAGGUGUAUUUAUUGAACUGUGUGCAUACUGAGUUGCAGGUCAGCAAAAUGUGAGCGAGAGAGACAUAAAUAUGUAGAUAUUUAUCAUAAAGCCACUUGUAAACGCAAGUGGACCACAGCAGAGAGCUCUGUUUGAAAAUUUAUGCAUCAGGGUUUUAGAAUAUGAACAUUUAUACCAAUUUCACUGAUUUGGCACACUCACUGUAUAGUAGAAAAAUGUAGUAUCACAUAUUCAUCAUGCGUUGGCUCAUCACAUGAUUGUUUUAUGACUUGGUUAAAAUGAGUCACGGAAGUGAGAGCGAUGAAGCUGAGGAAGGUGCAGAUGUGUGAAGCCUCACAAAUGGCGGGUUAGCAAAGCAAGACGAAAGAGAUCCGUCCAAUCAAGAGUGUCUUUAAGGAAACUGGGAGUUCAUGUAGCCGGCUGACAUCCCUGGUGAACAGAUGAGACGAGCUUCCACUCUGAUGAGCAGGCAGAUGAACAGAAGCGCGUCAACAAACCGAUCGAUCGAUCAAUACAUCAACGGGCAGACACUUAGAUUAGAUUUCCGGCACAUCUGGAAACAGCAUGGUGGAUGUGGACCUUGGUGAAAGGGUGUGUUUAGAUUGUGUUUAAGAGCGGCAGAGAGGCUUUAUGGGCUUGGGAAGGCUUUCUAGAAGGGAGUUAGACAGAAACUUAAAGGAAGAGUUCACCAAAAAUGCAAAGACGGACAUUGUUCCUCUUGAACCCUGGUGCAGUCUAACCAUCCGGAUAGUUUCCGUUUGAUUUGGUGAGGUUUCCAGUUUGUCACGAUCUUCCCUGUUCCCAUUAUAAUGGGGCUGGAUGGGUAUGUGCUUGUGGAGGUCAAACAUUAAAAAAUUGUGCACAAAACUGUGUCAGCAAAUUCGUACCCUUGUUCUGCGAAUUAUGGGUGGUACCUGUGUCACUGUUUUUGGAAAGAACUGUUGCUGUUGAGUUUUCCACGAGAAUUUUUCCCGGUUUGAGCGCCACCGAAGAUUUCCCACCCAGCCUCACUGUACUGGGCGCUGGGAGACAAUGCAGCAGACUGGAAACCUCAGCAGAAACAGAAGGAAAAAAUCUUCCGCGUAUUUUGGGUGAACUGAUCAGUUCUGAAAGCCAGAUCCCUCUGUCCGUCCACACGCAGUUUCAAGCGAUGUAGCUCAGCCUGGUUUUGAAUGUAGAGUCUGUCCACGAGCACUGAGAUGUCUCUGUAGCUGUUGGGAAUAGAGAUACUUGCGUAAGGCGUUUUCAUGGGUUCGAUGCUUGGAAUGUAACGCUCGCCUCCCUGUAAAUUCCACAUCGAGUGUUCACAAACUCAUUUUUAUCGUGCGAAGAGUCUUAGCUACUUUAUAACUAUCUUAAAUCGACCUAAAUCGUCUCUUGAGUGCUAUGUUGAAAAUUAUUUUUGUAAGGAGAGGGGAAGAGUUAUUUAGAGAAGCGCGGCGUAGGGUGGAGAGGCGGUGGGAUAUCUGCCUUUGUAUUCUUGUGAAAAUGAGGGCUUGUUCAGUUUACAAUGGCCUUAAUUUGUGUAGGAGACGUUGCUUCACUAUCGUAGCACACAACUGAAAGUUUUGACAAAUGUAUUUUGCUUGAAAUAUUGUACUGAAGUUAUAUAUGUGUAUAUGUAUAGUUUUAUGAAUGUAUUUCUUAAUCCUUACACCAGAACUGAGUGUAAUUUUUUUUGUUAAUUUGUUUGCUACUGUCUCUUUGAAGACUUUCGAGGGUCGCUCACCUGCAUCGGCUCAGGUGGCCCCGACUUCUACUGUACUGUUACAUCUUAUUCUUUGUGUAUUCAUUUAAAAGAACAGCUCUGUGGUUGAAAAAAAAAAAAGCAUGAAUUCUGUCUGGCGAAAGGUAUUUUAUUGAUUUAAAUCGCCAUGAUGGGUUUAAAAGAGGUGAUUACUGCCCCUCACCCCACACCCCUUUGCAACACUUGACUUGUCAAUUCAUCUAUCAAGCUGAUGGAAAUGUAAUGAUUUUUGUACUUUGAGCCAGAAAUUGUUUGCCGCAUGGUUACUCUGAUGAUUUCCUUGUAUUCAGUCUUCAUGAUGGUAUGAUUAUGAUAAUGAUAGUAAUUUCAAUUAUGAUGACAUGCGACAAUGAGCAUUAUGUAGUCAGAUAUACUCAAGUACCAUUUCCGUGGGAACGCACGGAGAUGCAAAAGAAUUGUGAACAAUGCUGUAUUUUAAAAGUAGCACGGACUUAGCCUUCCAUUUUUUGAAAGACUUCCUCUGGCAAUAACCGUUCGCUGUAGCCUAUACUGUUGUUGAGGCCUUUCCACUUGGCACCUCUCAAGCGAUGGAGGUGUGGCGACCGACACUGCAUCUGUAUCAGUUGAGCCACCACAAUGACAAAAAAAAAUGUAGGUUAAAUCACUGAAUCAAGCAAUUUAGACUCAACAAAGCAUGCGAUGCAUUGUGAAUAACUGCUAUUUUAUGAUAGCCCCUGUCGUUUCCAUGAGCAACAGUUUUUAGUUUGUAGACCGUCUUUUUUUUUAAGAACUUUAUUUUCUAAAGAAGCCUGCAGUUUGUGUGUUUGAUCGCCAGCGUAGCCGCCAUCAACCAGAACUAAACAGCCAGUGUCUUUAGUCGCUUCAUCCUCUCAGCUCAGUGGGCAAAUUGGAAUCCCACUGCUGAUGAGCCUGUUUGUCAUCAUUUAUGUCUAUAAGUGUUGUUAAUCACAGCACAAGGUCCUGAGUAGCCAUUCUGUUCUUUUAGCCGUCUGUCAGAUGAUAUUAAGGCCACUGUAGCUCCCCCUCCCCUCUCGUAAGACAACCUUCAUCUUAUCAAGCCCAGCGAGGCCCAAACCCUCCCAGUGUGCUGCCUGAAUCGAGACGAAUGGCUUCAUUAAGCACCUCUAAACAAGGUAAACAUUUGAACAGUGCUGAUUAAUUAAAAGAUCAUAGUAAGCAUGGUUUUAACCAUCUGGCGAUGCUGGAAAACACUGCGCUUUGGGCCCGGGUGAAUUUGAGUGCUGGCGUUUGCAGAUGAGUGGUUGUCUUUUCUAACCGGCCUUACCUUUCCACACACGAGUGUUCACAGAGUUCGUUUUAAAGGGCAAAGCGUUGCAGAACGUCUGAUGAAAGGAUGUGCUUCACGGCAAGGAAGAAAAGGAGCUGUAAUUUUAUACCUGUGCUUUGUAAAUGUUUUCUAUGUGCAGUAUUUGAUAAUGUAAAACUGGUAUUUUUGUGGUUUGUACGCUGCAGAAUUGAUUACUUAAGGUGCACGUAGUUUUGUAAGAAAAUAGAACUAAACCGAGGGGGGAAACAAAACAAAAAAAAUCAGAUUCAGAAGCCUGUAUUUGCAUGCCCUUUGACAUCUGGACGCAAAGUCAAUAAAGUUUAUUUGAAUCACUGA